AUGGUCUACACCAUCGUCGUUCACCUCCGCGCCAAGCCGGACCAGGAGUCCAUCACCAAGCUGCACGACAAGCUCGUCGAGGCCUCCAACGUCUACUCGCAGGACAAGGAGACUCUCUCGUGGUUUGUGUCGCAGUCUGUCCACGACAAGCAGGACUUUACUAUCGUCGAGCGCUAUCUCAACGAGUCGUCGCAGCAGUAUCACCUCAACAACCCCUACUGGAAGACCUUUGACCCCUAUGUGAUUCCCUUGCUGGAGAAGGAUAUGGACAUGCAUCGGGUUGUGGAGUUGGAGGGUUCUCGGUCAUAA